AUGCGUCUCUUCAAUUCUCGGCUGAUACUAUGGGGGCUCUGUUCCUUUCUGAUCCCUCCGAUCUCCUCUGUUCCAGUUGCCGAAGACCUCCACCCCCAAGACUUGCAAUCCCUCCAGAUUGACCAGGGAAAGACGCAUAUACCUCGAAGCCUCUCCCUUAAUCAUUCACUUGAGCGUCGCGACCCUAUUGAGCCACCCCGUGGAAUAUUCAAAGUGGGAACUGAAUUCCGGUACAAGAAAGGCCAACACAAGUAUAUCAUCUACAGCGCCUGCGAAGACAAGAAAUGCAAGGACCGAACCUGUAAACAAUAUGCGACAGUGAUCCUCGUGAGAAAAAUCAAUGGGGGUAGCCAAGGCCAGAUCUGGGAUGGACAACUCAGCUACUUCGAUUCGCCUAAUGCCCGCCCACAGUCAGUUGCGGUCAAAAUAUCACCGGGAGGGAGUGCCUUGGACCAGUCAAACAUUCAAAAACUCGUCAAGAGCCCCUAUGUUUUAUCGUACAUAGAGCGCUUCUAUUCCAGAAACGGGCAGGAAUCGGUCAUAUUGAUGCCAAAAGGCGACAGGAAUCUGUUGCAGGCUCUAUCCCAAGGCUGGGGGCGCGGCAGUUUAGCCAAAAGCCGAAGAGACCAUAUCGUGCGCGCAAUAUUCAGUAUUGGGUCGGUAUUGCAAGUUGCUCGUCGCGCACAUGUCGUCCAUCGGGAUAUUAAGCCUCAAAAUGUGCUUGAAAUAGACGGCAAAUUCUAUGUGAUCGAUUGGGAUUAUGCCUUAUAUAUCAAGCCUGGAGCAGGGGUUCGUGACACCACUGAUGCGGGAUCAUCAAAAUAUAUGAGUCCAGAGGUCCUUGCUAGCUUCACAACCCCUGGUGGCAUUAGCUAUAAUGGCUUUAGCUCUGAUGUUUACUCAUUAACCAGAACAUAUCUGGAAGCCGAUCAAUGGGAUGAGAUGAAAGAAAAGGAUUUCUCUCUUGCGUUAGAUUCUCAGCUACAGAAGCAUCAGGGAGGCGGACUACCUGGUCUGAGUUACGAGAGCACCGAUGACGCUCUGAAAAAGGCUUUCCCCGAACGGGAGUUGUCUAGAGAGAAGAGGCAUUUGAUGGCAAGAGGCUUAUGCCGGCAAGAGGACCGAUGGAAGAUUGCCACAUGGAUGGAAGAGUUCCAAAGGGUCGAAAACGUCCAAGUCGUCAAUUAA